CCCAAACACAUGCCCAAACACCUCUAGUAACAACUGACGCGCCAUAGUUGCUUUAUUUUAGCGUUUAAUUAUGUUUUAAUAUCUAAAUGUAAGUAAAAAGAAAAACGUUUAGAUAUUAAUCAGUAUACGCGAUGAACAGCGGUCUUUUUUAGCGGAACCGGAAGUGAUGGAAACAGUUUAACGGAAUCAGCAUCAGAGGAUCACAGUCUGUGUGUCUAUGAAGAGUGAGCGGUCAAUGGAUCCACCAAUAGAAAUGAAGAGAUGGCCUGACCAAAAGUCAGUCGUAACCGAACCCGUCUGUAAAAAGAUGAAGAUUGAGCAGUCUGUGAAUCAACCACAAUAUUUGUGUGCUGAAUUCAGCCAUGACUCUAAACUUAAUGAAGUCCUCAACACAUUUAAAUCAAAUCUGAGAGAGAAGUUUCAGUGUUUGUAUCCAGGAACAUCAAAGCAGAGAAACUCAACACUACUGAAUGAGAUUUACACAGAGCUCAACAUCACAGAGUGUGAAAGUGGAGAGGCAGAGGAGACACCAAUCAAAUGUAAUGACAUCUUUAAACCUUUACCUGAACAAGACAAACACAUCAGAAGUGUGAUGACAAAAGGAGACGCUGGCAUUGGAAAAACAGUCUCUAUACAGAAGUUCAUUCUGGACUGGGCUGAAGAGAAAGAGAAUCAGGACGUCCACCUCAUAUUUCCACUUCCUUUCAGAGAGAUCAAUUUGUUGAAGGACAAAACACUCAGUCUUUUAGAUCUUCUUCAUCUUUUCUUCCCAGAGACAAAAGAAAUGGAAAUCUUCAGUGAUGAAUAUAAAGUGUUGUUCAUCUUUGAUGGUUUGGAUGAGUGUCGUCUGUCUCUGGAUUUUCACAGCAGUGUGAGGUUGUGUGAUCUAAAUGAAUUAACCUCAGUGGACGUGAUGCUGACAAACCUCAUCAAGGGGAAUUUUUGUCCCUCUGCUCUCAUCUGGAUCACCUCCAGACCAGCAGCAGCUGAUCUCAUCCCCUCUGAGUGUGUUGAUCGAGUCACAGAGGUACGAGGCUUCAGUGAUCCACAGAAAGAGGAAUACUUCAGGAAGAAAAUCGGUGAUGAGAGUCUGUCUGAUCAAAUCAUCUCACACCUGAAGUCAUCCAGGAGUCUCUACAUCAUGUGUCAAAUCCCAGUCUUCUGCUGGAUUUCAGUCACUGUUCUAGAGAGAAUAUUGAGUGAAGUAAAGAGUCAAGAGAUCCCCAAGAAUCUCACACAAAUGUACACACAAUUCCUGAUCAUUCAGACAAACAUCAAACAACAGAAGGACUGUGACAAUAAAGUAAAUGAUGAAUACUUGAUCUUCAAACUGUGUAAACUGGCUUUUGAGCAGCUUGUGAAAGGCAAUGUGAUCUUCUAUGAUGAAGACCUGAGAGAGUGUGGCAUUGAUGUAUCAGAAGCAUCAGUGUACUCAGGAUUGUGUACUCAGAUCUUCAGAGAGGAGUUUGGUUUGUGUCAGAGGAAAGUUUACAGCUUUGUUCAUCUGAGUAUUCAGGAACAUCUAGCAGCUCUACAUGUGCACCUCGCCUUUAUGAACAACAACCUAAAUGUGUUUGAACAAAUUCAACCGAUUCAAACACAUCAGCUUUCAAUACGUGAUUUGUAUCGGAGAGCUACAUAUGAGGCUUUAAAGAGUAAAAAUGGACAUCUGGAUCUUUUCCUUCGUUUUCUUCUGGGUUUGUCACUGGAGUCCAAUCAGAAUCUCAUACGAGGUUUGAUGAUACAGACAGGACGAAGCAGUCAUAGCCAUGUAAAAACAAUGGGUUACAUCAAAUGGAUGAUCAGGAAGAAUCAAUCUCCAGAGAAAUCUAUCAAUCUGUUUCACUGUCUAAAUGAACUGGGUGAUUAUUCACUAAUGAAGGAAAUCCAAAAUUAUCUGAAGUACAGGAUAUUACGUGAUGCCAAAAUCUCUUCAUCUCAGUGGUCAGCUUUAGUUUUUGUCAUGCUGAGUUCAGGACGCGAGCUGAACGAGUUUAACAUGAAUCGUAUUGUUAAACAAAACAAUUCUGCAAUGCUGAAAGUUCUUCAGAAGCUUCUGCCUGUGAUGUGUGAAUUCACAUCAAUUCUGUUAAGUUCUUGUAAUAUCACAGCUGACAUUUGUGUUGCUCUAACUUCGGCUCUGAGAUCAAACCCAUCACACCUGUGGGAACUAAAUCUGUCUCAAAAUAAUCUAGGGGAUUCAGGAGUGAAGCUGAUCUCUGCCGUACUGGAGAAUCCUGACUGUAAACUGCAGAAACUGAUGUUGUGGAAUUGUAGUAUCACAGCUGAAGGUUGUGUUGCUCUGACUUCAGCUCUGAGAUCAAACCCAUCACACCUGAGAGAACUGAAUCUGAUUGAGAAUAAUCUUGGAGAUUCAGGAAUGGAGCAUCUCUCUGCUUUACUGGAGCAUCCUGACUGUAAACUGGAGAAUCUCUGGUUAAGAAGUUGUAAUAUCACAGAUGAAGGUUGUGUUGCUCUGUCUUCAGCCUUGACAUCAAACCCUUCACAUCUGAGAGGACUGAUUCUGGCUAAUAAUAAAUUUGGAGAUUUAGGAGUGAAGCUGUUGUCUGCUGUACUGGAGAAUCCUCAGUGUAAACUGGAGAUACUCAAGUUGAGUGAUUGUAAUAUCACAGUUGAAGGUUGUGCUGCUUUGACUUCAGCUCUGACAUCAAACCCAUCACACCUGAGAGAUCUGGAUCUGUCUUUUAAUGAUCUUAGAGAUUCAGGAGUGAAACUGAUCUCUGAUGUACUGAAGAAUCCUGACUGUUACCUGGAGCUAUUGUGGUUGACUGACUGUAAUAUCACAGAUGAAGGUUGUUUUUCUCUGACUUCAGCUCUGAGAUCAAACCCGUCACACCUGAGAGAAUUGUAUCUGACUGGAAAUAGUCUGGGAGAUUUAGGAGUGAAGUUAAUCUGUGAUGUGGCCAAUGAUCCAAAAAACAAACUGAAGAAACUACGCUAUUCAGUGAUGGAUGAAUCUUCUGCUGAUGUUGUAACAGAGGAAGAGAAACUUGAGUCAACACAAACAACAGAGACUUGAAGAAAUCCGUCUGUGUGUGACAUAACAGUAAUAAACAUUAAAAUUACAUUAAUUCUGCUACAGUUCUGUGUGUCAUCUGCUGUUCGUGAGCCCAAAUCACUUCCAUAGUAGAAAAAGAAUACAAUGGAAGUGAAUGGGGCUCGCGAACGGUUUGUUAUGAACAUUCUUCAAAAUAUUUUCCUUUGUGUUCAUCAGAACAAAGAAAUGUAUGCUUUGUAACAACAUGAGAGUGUGUACAUGAUGACAGAAUUUUCAUUUUUGGAUGAAUAAUCGUUUUAAUAAUAUCCCUUUAAUAAUAGAUUUAGUGUAAAUUAUGUGCUUUGUUUUUUGUCAGCAAAAAUAGUCAUGUGUUCAUUUUUUUGAUUUUCAGCCUUAACUUUAAAAGCCUUGAAUUCUGAGACUAAAAAUACGUUUGAAUUCUGAUGACCGUUAUGCUUGUCAUAUAUAUAUUGCUGCUUUUAAUGAAAAAAAAAGAAGUUUAAAAUACAUAGGCUACUAUAUUGUAUAGUGUAUAUUGAUAACAAUGAUUAAAAUGUACCCAGCUAACAAUUUUUGGUUCCCAGAAUGUUAUCAUUUGGUUCCCCAGAACAGAUACCCUUAACGUUCCCUACUGAUUCCCCAGGAAAGUUCUCUUGAUGUCAGUAUAAAGUUCCCUCUAGGUUUAGGGAACGUUCCCCUAACCUUGUGUGAACGUUAGGGAAACAAUGCACUAACAAUCUGCUAACAUUGCUUCAACGUUCUGAUAACGUUCCUAACCUCUAUAUUGUGAUAUUCCUGAAUGCAAAUAAUCACACUACAAACAGUGUUUACUGUUCGGAGAACAUGAACUGGAGCUUAUUUUUAAUAAAAAAUACCUCAGCAUCA